AUGAUAACAGAUGAGGUCUUUAGAAAGCUGUUAUUGAAAUGCUGGAUCGGUAAAGUGCCAAAAUCAGUUGUUGUGGCUCUUUCCGGAGGAGUGGAUUCCAUUUGCUUGACAUAUUUAUUAAGUCGUUAUAGAGACAAGUAUGAUCCUAACUUAAAGAUUCAUGCAGUCACAAUUGAUCAUAAAUAUAGACCUGGUUCAGAUCAAGAAGCUGUUAAAGUUGGAAAUAUAGUGAAAAAGUGGAAUGUUAGUCACAUUGUCAAGGCAUUGUCUUACAACAAAGAUAUUCAUAACUUGCCUAGUUUUGAAGAAUUAGCAAGAUUUAAACGGUAUGAGACCUUUGAAGAUGUCUGUCUUCAAUUAAAUUCGAAUUUAUUUGUUGCACAUAAUCUAAAUGAUCAAUUGGAAACAUUUGUUCAGAGGUUGCAAGGUAAUUCUUCUAUCUUUGGUUUAGCUGGUUUAAAGAAAAGAUCGGUGCUACCAGUGCUACAACGUGAACCCUAUAGAAAUCAGAUUUUAGUCUAUCGCCCAUUGCUAGGUUUUGACAAAGAAGAUAUCAUUUCUACUUGUGUCAAAAAUAAUGUAACUUGGUUUGAAGAUGUUACGAAUAAAGAUACUAGUUUAACUCGAAGAAAUUACCUCCGACAUCUUAUCAACGAUGUUAUACCAAAAAAGAGACUCAAAGAUUCUUCAUUGGAAAUCAUAACUAAAGAAAGCUUGUCUAAGUCACAUUCAGAGGUGACUGAUAUAGUAGAAAAUUUGCUUAGCAAAGUUAGUUCCCUUAAAAAUUAUUUUGAAUCGCAAGGUUCGAUCACAGUUGAUGAAAAGAAUGGCAAAUUAACAAUCUCAUUUCCCACCAACUUGCUAGACGAAAAGAGUAGUAUGGUAUUCAGCAGAUUCUUAUAUUAUAGCCUAUUUCCUUUUUCCUCAAUCAAGCAUUAUCAUUGGGCUUAUGCCAAAGUCGAACGACAAUUGGUACCAAGGCUAGUGAAGCAUUUGAAUGAAGGAUCGGAAAAGGAUUUAAAGCUAACCUAUUUAAACUUGGUAUUUGAUUUGACUUAUAAUAGAGAACAUACUCUUAUCAACAUAAGUCGUCAACCGAUCCAAAGGAACGAAUUGUCAGAGAUACAAAGAGAAAUAGUUAUUUCAAAAGAUUGGACUGAUUGGAUCUUAUUUGACAGGCGUUUCUGGUUAAGAUUUAAACAGGAUUAUGAGUCAAAAAGUAUAACAAUUGUCCCUUACCUGUACAAAUUGCAUAAGAAAAUGGUUCAUCCAGAGAUUGCAAAUAAUGAUGUAUUCUUUAAGGGCAUUGAUUCAAUUCCUGUUGUUAUCCUGAAUGGACAGAUAGUAGCAUUGCCAACACACGGUUUGUAUGCCGCUUCUGAAUUGAUUCAAGGAGAGUGGUACCUUAAAAGAAAUGUAUAUAGUAAUGAUUUAGAUGAUUUGGAUGAUAUAAAUAGUACUGUAAAUUAG